CUCUCCGGCUUUACCUUACCCUCUGGUUUUUCGUGCUUCAUUAUCAUCCACAUCCCGCUGUGAAAAAAUUAAAUAAAAAAAUCCCUAUAAAAACCCUAAAUUCACCUCCAAGAGUCGAAGACCUUCUUCUUCUUUAUUCUUUGUCUGUCUCUCUCUCUUCUAUCCACACUCUGUUUAUAGAAAUCUAAUUGGGAGGGAUAAAGAUAAAGUCCUCGUUAUAUUUAUCCCAAAAUUACUAAUUUUCGUUAAGGGAAGCUCAUGACAGCUGUUAAAUUGUUCCUUCUGUUUGCCUCGCUGCAAGAGUUAGUGCUCAUUUUUGGUUGUAUAUCAAAUUAGGCCCUGCUGAGUAAAUGAUUUGGUUGUUGUGGCGGAGACGAUGGCAUUGGUGACCCAUCAAAUGCAGGGUUCUUAUGUGACAUAUCCCUCUAGGCCAUUGUCAUGGAGCAAGGGGCUGAAGUUGAAGCAAUAUGUAACAACACAUCACAUGGUUGGGAGGACAGACAAUUGCAUUAUGUUAAAGCGCAAUAUUUGUUUAAGUGUAGGGGCUUCUCUCAUGCGGGGAUCAAAAGUCAAACCUUUCAGAGUUUCAGCCUUCAAGGGAAGUGCCCAGAAUGAUAAAUCUGGAGGUAGAACAAGUGGAUCAAAGCUUCCCAAGAAUUCUGUCAAACUAAAAGAGAAUGAGGAUACCCUAACGGGAUCUCCUCAGGAAAAUGAUAUGCCUCUUUCCUAUGCCUCUGAAGCAAAUGAGAGCAUUGCUACUUCCCCUGUCAUUCAUAAAUUAUUUAAGAAAUGGCUUAGAAUGCUCCGAACACAAUCAUCAUGUGAAGUAGUAGAUGGGAUUUUGGAGGAGGAACCGCCUCCAAAGGAGAUAUCAGAAACUGAGCACGAUACUCAAAACAAGGAAAGAGAUGGGAUUCUAAGGAUGGUUUGGUCCAAUUUUCUGGGUCUAAAUGCUACAAUAAAGAUACCCUUACUUAUAUUCAUCCCUGGGUACCUGGCAGUUAAUAUUAUUUAUGGGGCUGAAGUUUCAAAGGAGUUGACUCCUUUGUGGGUUUUGGGACCCCUCAUUGUAGCUCUCUACAUCAAGAUGCUUCAGUGGUUGUGUGCACUCUAUGUUUUCAGCUUCAAGCAGACUGUUCAAGUAAUCAAGAACUUACCCACAUACUACAUGGUGGCCUAUAGAUACAUUGCACAAGGGAAGCUUAAAGAGGACAUACGGGCUCAUUUCUGGCAACCUCUACUGAACAUUAAGAAUUUAGACUACAAGAAACUAUCCAGAAGAAAGCUGAAAGGAUUGCAAGAGUUAAUAGUGGAGAAGUACCUUGAUUUUAUAGAAUCAAUAUGGCCAUAUUAUUGCAGAACAAUCAGAUUCUUAAAGAGGGCUAAUCUCAUCUAGAUGUAUCCGAAGAAUCUCUUCUGUGAGAGUAGUGGCUGAAAUUUGAGUUGCUCCAGAGAUGGUUUAAAAGUUUGAGUUUCUUUCAUGGAGCCAGCCAAGCCCAUUUUAGAUUGGGUUUCUUCUUGAUAUCUAGCUAGUCGAGGAUCAUGACAAGCGGAUUUGUCCGGUUUCUGUAAUUUUUAUGAGGCAGCAUUCUUAUUUUUGGAUGAGGUCCCAAUUAUUUUGUUUAUGUACUGUAUUCAGCUGCCGCGAAUGUUUUUUUGAGGUUCCAUAAUGAGAAAGUAUUUUCAACUCU